AUGAACAUGAUCGGCGCUGUGAAGCACGUUGACAAGGCUGUGGAAGCAGGCGUCGACAUCAUUUGCGCUCAGGGUGGCGAGGGCGGUGGCCACACAGGUGACACAGCCACGGCCAUCUUGCUGCCCAAGGUGGUCGAUGCCGUGCGGGGGAAGAAGUCCCCGCUGACCGGAGGGCCUAUCCAGGUUGUGGCAGCAGGCGGUAUCUUCGACGGGCGUGGAUUGGCUUCGGCACUGGCCAUGGGCUGCACGGGCGUUUGGGUGGGCACUCGCUUCAUUUGCUCAGAUGAAGCCGGCGCUGGUCCCUUUCACAAGCAGCGCAUCAUGGACGCGGGCUUUAGC